AUGCGGAGAAAUCAUCAGACAUCGAAUUUCAAACCCUUUCAAUUGCCUUCCCAGAGGCGCACAAAUGCCUCCUCCCCGUCCAAGAAUAGUAGUAUAACCGGUAUCAUCAACGAGAAACUCAUCCAAGGCUCCCAGAAGCCACAAUACAGCAGCCCAUCUCCCCGAAAGCCCUUCAAUGGCCUGGGAUCAUCAGCCCAUGAUGGCGACCCUCAAUUGGAUGCUUUUGACCUAGAACUACUAGCCUCAGAGGAUAUAGAGAUUCAGGAUUCAGGAUUUGGAGUUUCUCAAUCUAUGCCGCUUCAAGCGUCUCGCCAGCCUGAUCUACAGACAUCCCAAGUCUCUCGUUUCUUUCAGCCAAGCUCGAGUACCGUUUCUUCCCGCUGGAAUGGGCCCAGUUCAUCGGACCCUGUUUUAGGGCCUCCCUCGAGCCCGUUGGCUUCGUUCCACCAGAAGAAGAAUGGAAUAUGGAUGGGACAACGCAGCCUUGAGACGAAUCGUGGCCCAUACCACAAUGAGACUAAUCAGUCCUCACCCCAGAAACCGAUCGCCCAAGCGAGUUCAAUGGCUUCGACUGAAAAUAGACAACGGCAAAACCUAUUCAGCAACAUCCCACCCUCUGUGCGGGGGAUCGUACUCGUAUCAGUGAAUGACCUGCCGGAGAACUACCGCUCGAUGUUCCCAUUCCCACUUUUCAAUGCCAUUCAAUCCAAGUCCUUCCACUCCGUCUACAACAGCAACGACAACAUCGUUCUAUCCGCUCCAACCGGCAGCGGCAAGACAGUGGUGAUGGAAUUGGCCAUCUGCAGACUCCUGAACACCCUCAAAGACGAACGCUUCAAAGUAGUCUACCAAGCACCCACCAAGUCCCUCUGCAGCGAGCGCUUCCGAGACUGGCACUCCAAGUUCUCCAGCUUGAACCUCAAGUGCGCAGAACUGACUGGAGACACGGACCACAUGCAGCUGCGCAACGUCCAGUGUAGCCAGAUAAUCAUCACGACGCCCGAGAAAUGGGAUAGCAUGACUCGGAAGUGGAAAGAUCAUAUGAAGUUGAUGCAGCUCGUGAAGCUCUUUCUCAUUGACGAGGUACAUAUUCUGAAGGAGACGCGUGGAGCUACGCUCGAGGCUGUGGUUUCCCGGAUGAAGAAUAUCGGAUCGAAUGUGCGAUUUGUGGCUUUGAGUGCGACUGUUCCUAACUCUGAGGAUAUUGCUACCUGGCUUGGGAAGGAUGCGACAAACCAGCAUGUUCCUGCCCACCGGGAGCAUUUCGGUGAAGAGUUUCGUCCUGUCAUAUUGAAGAAGGUUGUCUAUGGAUAUGCGUCUAACUCGAAUGACUUUGCAUUUGAUAAAGUCUGCGGUUCAAAGUUGCCUGAAGUAAUCGGAAUGCAUUCAUGCCAGAAGCCUAUCCUGAUAUUCUGUUGCACACGGAAUUCAGCGCUUGCGACGGCGAAAGAGUUGGCUCGCCUUCACACAUUGACGAAUCCACCUGCCAGGCUUUGGAAGGAACCCAAGAAGUGCCUCGAGGCUCAUAAUGAGGAUCUCAAGACAACACUCGCUGCUGGUGUAGCAUUCCACCACGCUGGUUUGGGUCCCGCUGAUCGCCACACUGUUGAGACAGGCUUUAGAGAUGGGCAUAUCAACGUUAUAUGCUGCACGUCUACACUUGCAGUUGGAAUCAACCUGCCUUGCCACCUGGUCAUAAUCAAAAACACUGUCUGUUGGCAAGAUGGAGGCUGCAAGGAGUACUCAGAUUUGGAGAUGAUGCAGAUGCUUGGCCGCGCGGGCCGACCUCAAUUCGACGACAGUGCAACAGCGGUCAUCCUCACCAGGAAGGAACGUGUAAGUCACUAUGAGAAACUGGUUCAGGGGUCUGAGAGUCUGGAGAGCUGCUUGCAUUUGAAUUUGAUUGAUCAUCUCAAUGCUGAGAUUGGCUUGGGGAACAUCUCGGACGUCGAAUCGGCUGUCAAAUGGCUCGCUGGGACAUUCUUGUUUGUUAGGCUUCGUCGAAAUCCGACGCACUACAAGCUCAAGGAAGGUGCAAACAAGGAAGACGAGGAUGAGUUGCUUCGCCAGAUUUGUGAGAAGGAUAUCGAUCUUCUUCGGAAGUGCGGUCUGAUUGAAGCUGAGAGCCUUCAUUCGACCCAGUUCGGCGACGCUAUGGCUCGGUACUAUAUCCAGUUCGAGACUAUGAAAGUCCUAUUGUCGCUGAAGCCACAAGCGACGUUAUCUGAAACGCUUACCGUGAUUGCACAAGGCGAAGAAUUCCGCGAGAUUCGCCUUAAAGCCGGCGAGAAACCACUCUACCGAGAGAUCAACCGUGAUCCUGGCAUUCGUUUCCCCAUCAAAGUCGAUCUAGCCCUCCCAGCCCACAAAGUCUCACUACUCCUUCAAUCCGAGCUAGGGGCAAUUGAGUACCCCGAUAACGAGCAAUUACAGAAACACAAAUUCACCUUCCAGCAAGACAAAAGUCUAGUGUUCGCGCAUGUCAACCGACUAAUCCGUUGUCUAAUCGACUGUCAAAUCGCCCGCGGCGACUCAAUCACAACCCGCAAUGCCUCGGAACUCGCUCGGAGCCUCGGAGCAAAGGUCUGGGACCACUCACCUCUCCAAAUGAAGCAGAUCGAGCAAGUGGGUGUUGUUACAGUUCGGAAGUUGGCUGCUGCUGGGAUUACCAGUAUUGAAGGUCUGGAAUGUGCGGAGCCUCAUCAGAUUGAGAUGGUUCUUAGCAAGAAUCCGCCUUUCGGAUCUAAGUUGCUCUCGAGAUUGAAGGAGUUUCCAAAACUGAGGGUUUCUGUGAAGAUGCUUGGAAAGGAUGUGAAAAUUAAUUGUGUCAAUGUCCGAUUCAAGGUUGAAGUCGCGUUCAUGAAUGACAAGAUUCCGACGUUCUUUCAACGUCGUCCGGUUUACGUGUGUUGCAUGAUAGAGAGGUCCGAUGGCCAUAUGAUCGAUUUCAGACGCACAAGUGCGAAUAAGCUCCAAGAAAAAUUGGAAAUUGAACUCACCGCUGAAUUGACGAGUCCGGAGCAUGUCAUUGUCUGCCAUGUUAUGUGCGAUGAGAUCGCGGGGACGUGGAGACAAGCUGAGCUCAAACCUAACCUGCCAGCUCACCUUUCUGCUGCUAUACGGGAUAAGAAUGCCAAGGCCCAAAAUACUGAAACCUCGCGUCAAUUCAAGGGGAAUUUGAAUCCUAAAGACGCAGAGAAACCGAAGACCACGACUCAUCCCCACGGACGAGAUAUAACUAGUGUCAAGAGCAAGUCCCGAUGGGAUGUGGACGAUUUUGAUGGCGAUGACCUCCAGCUCGAUGAUUUCCUCGUUGGGGAUGAACGCCGUGGCAAAGCUAAGGAAUCCACAAAGCCACGGCUUCAACAGUUUGAUGAUAUAGAUUGGUUCUCAAUCGAUUCAACUCCACCGAGCCCAGCUAAGAGAAUGUCGAAGGUCUCAAAUCCCCGAGAAGAAGACUGGGCAGUGGAUAUGGACGAGCCAGAGGCUGAGUUCGAGCCAGUCAGACUUGCGAAUGGCAAAUGGGCUUGCAACCACAAAUGCAAAGACAAAACAAGCUGCAAACAUUUCUGUUGUCGCGAGGGAUUGGAAAAGCCCCCGAAGCCUCCGAAGGCACCGAAGCGGGCCGUUCCCGCGGCCCAAAAGGAAGCUGGUCUCAAUCAAAUGACUAUUUCUGCAAGUAUCACAAAGGCAACCCCAACCAGUAACUCGAUUUCGAGAAACAAAGUGGCCAAACAACGCGUCACGGGGUUUAAGAAUGACGACCAUGUUUCAAAGGCGAAGAAAAUGCCGAUGUCGCAGGCUGCAAAGAAGAAUCCAAGUCGAGAGAAGUCUGUCCUUUCGGAGAGGGACAAGAAUAUUCCUUCAUAUAAGAGGGAUUGGGAAAUGAGUCCAAUGAAUCUCCUCUCGGGUGACUAUGGUGACGAUAACUUCGACGAUUUACCGUCUCCAUCACGACUUCUCGUGAAUAGCGGACCAGGGCUUAGAACAUCAGUUUCUCCGGUGGUGAAUGACCAGGCAAAGAACAACAUCACAGAUGUUGCAGUCAUUGAAACGAAGCAUACAGACCUCGAGCCUUUGCCCUAUGCUUCACGGUCCGCUGUCCCUCAAAAAGACCAAACCAAGCCAUCAACCCCCAAACAACACGAGAUAAUCGAGAUUCUAGACGACACACCUCCAGACUCAACAAGAUUGCCAAUGACGACAAAAAACAAGGAGUCUUAUGUCAAGCUGAACACACUUCCACUCUCGACAAAAGCAGACCAAGCCCCCGAGCUAAAACGGAAGGCGAGUCAAGACAAAACUCGAACGGAAGACCACAAAAAACGAGUGAAGCAAAGUCCCUUCGUUUCGGCUUUGCAGUUCCACACUUCAAACUACUUGAACGAUAUACAACCACUGAACCCCGAGCAUCCUGCGUCUCCUGUUUCUCCUGUUUCUCCUAUGAUCGGCGGUGGGAUAGAUUUGACUGCAUCAUUUGACGACGGAACGGAUCUGCUUGAUGAGUUCAAGGAUAUCAUUAAAUUAAUUUAA